AACGGGCAGAAGCUGAGCCCUCGGACUUCUUUUUUGCUUGAGGACAGAUUCGAAGGCCCUAAAAGGGCUUGGAUUCCCCAUACCGCAUCUCACGAACCGACUAAUAAAGGAGGGAACCUCCGGAAAAAGCCGAGGAAGGCACAGGCACUCACAUAGACCGCAGGCGGCAGGAAAUCAAGAGACAUGGAUCUGGAGAAUAUGUGUUCAGCUUCGGCUCUACAGGCUCUCUCCAAGCUUCUCAGCUCUCCAGAGGAGGAGGAGGAAGAGUUGGAGCAGGUGUCAUACCCAUCAUCUGCUGUUGGAGCCCUGAGUCCUGGAAAUAUUGGACCAGCCAAGAAAGAAGAAUCCAAAGUCAACCCUCCAAAUAAGACUGAAAAUAGAAAGGACAUCUGGGAUCCGGAGGAGGUGCCAGAAGGAUCGGAGUUUGAUGACAUGUGGGACCCCCGGGAACAGCCAGAAUAUGACAUUAUAUUCAAACAGCAGGUGGGAGCUGAGGAUGUAUUCCUGGGCAUGACCAGAAAGGACCCUUCUACAGCCUGCUGUGAGGAUCUCUUGGUUAAAAUUAAAUUGCCAGGUAUCAAGUCUUCUGACAUCACUCUGGAUAUCCAUGAAAAGGUUCUUGAUCUUCGUACCCCCAAGCAUAAGCUGCUUCUGCACCUUCCCCAUCCUGUGGACAGCAAGACUGGAAAAGCAAGUUUUAUCACAGAAAAGGAGACCCUUGAAGUCAUCCUGACCAUGAAAAGAGAGUUUGAUUUCAUUAAUUUUUUCUGAAAUUUUUUCUGGAAAUAAAAUAAGAUGUUGUCCCGUAAGACUAGAAGCUUCAUCGGAGUCCAAGGAAAACUCCCUGGAUGCUGAAUGGUUCUGUUGAUAAGAUCAUCCGUUUACAGGGUGAUCACUAAGGAAUGGAUUGGAUGUCUGUAUGAUCAAUUUAGUAGUUAGAACAAUGGAAAUGUUUAGACCAUAGAAUGUUUAAUCCUUUUGUGUCAGCAGUCUUAAGGACUCAACCCAGUGAAAGAUGCAAUAACAUAAUCCAUCCCUCAACAACUGGCCAUUAGCAUGGCAAAACCAAACCAAACCAAAAACCAAAAGGCCUUAUUUCUCUGUUAUCUGCUUCAUUUGGGUUCAAUUGUGUAGACUUGCAUUAUGAUGAAGUAGUUUAAAUGUUCCCAUUGUUGGUCUACCCAUUGUCCCAAAAGUCCUAGUGCACAUUAAGCUUAAAAACUUAAAACUGCAUUAGGACUUUGGGGACACUUUAUAGGUAUUAGCGUUUUCAUCAGACAUGUUUGAGUGGAAAAGGAAAUGAAGGGAUGCUGUCCUCUUUGAGAAAUUUGGACCUGUUUGAAAUGUUUGUUAUUAGUCAUAUUUUAAAAUCUUUAAAAAACUUCCCCCCCUCCCAUGCAGCCUUAUAAUUGCUACCAAUUAUUUACCUUUUUUUCCUACCCUUCAUUAUAUUGUGACCACUGAAUGCCUUGGAUUCUGAAAGGCAUUUAGAGAAACAAGUGGCAUUCUUAGCAAAUUGGCUGUCUCCCUCAUUUCCAAUCUUUCUUCUUAAUUGGUGACGUGUGCUAGUCUUUUGUCCCUGUUCUUGUUAACUGUUUGAGUAUAGUACACCCAUAGAUUAAAAAUGUCCCUCCAUUAG